AUGACCUCCGUAACCAUUUUGGCUCAAGCUUUUUUGGCACCGGAAGCAGCCGUUUCGGUACCCGCCCCCCCUCUCGGACGCUUCCGCAGCAGCGGCAUCGGCGGCCGAAGGAGAGAGAACAUGCAGUUCGCGUGGGCGGUGCUGUGCCUCCCGGCCGUCGCCGUGGCGCAGAUGGCCGGCAUGACCAAGGAGGAGCAGGGGCCACCCAUUGUGAUCGCGGAGUGCACCCUGCAGGGGGGCUGCGAGGCGCAGCAGAGGGCCCUGACUCUGGACGCCAACUGGCGCUGGGUGCACGGCCAGACCUGCCAGGGCACGGGCCCCGCCGCCCAGUGCUACAGCUCGGGCAACUGCUUCACCGACGGCGUGUGGGACUCCACCAUGUGCCCCGACCCGGAGUCCUGCGCCGAGAACUGCGCGCUGGAGGGCGUCACGCUGGACGACUACGACAGCACCUACGGCGUCGCGGCGAUCCCGGGAGGCGUCGAGCUAGGCUUCGUGCGCGGCCCGAACGUGGGGUCCCGCCUGUACGUCCUGGAGAAGCCAGACAAGUACAAGCUUUUCAAGCUCCUGAACAGGGAGUUCACCUUCGACGUGGAUGUCUCCACACUUCCCUGCGGACUGAACGGCGCGUUGUACUUCAGCGAGAUGGAUGAGGAUGGGGGGAUGAAGCACUCGGGCAACAAGGCUGGCGCCAAGUACGGGACAGGCUACUGUGACGCCCAGUGCCCCCAUGACGUGAAGUUCAUGGAGGGCAAGAGCAACACCCUCGAGUGGAACACGAGCGCAGCUCUCGGCAAGUACGGGCUGUGCUGCGCGGAAGUUGACAUCUGGGAGGCGAAUUCCAUGGCCACGGCCUUCACGAUGCACCCGUGCACCAUCGAUGGCACCUAUUUGUGCAAGGGCAAGGAGUGCGGCGACAACGCCAAGAACGAGCGCUACGAUGGCGUCUGCGACAAGGAUGGCUGCGACUUCAACUCGUACCGCAUGAGCCACCAGCAAUUCUUCGGACCGGGAGACGAUUUCACGGUGGACACCACGCAGCCGAUGACCGUGGUGACCCAGUUCGUGACAGACGACGGCACCGACGACGGCGACCUCGUGGAGAUAAGGCGCCUCUACGUGCAGGGCGGCAAGGUGAUCAAGAACUCGAACGCCGGCAUCCUCGGCUCUGACGGCGGGGACUCCAUCACCGACGCGUACUGCUCCGCACAGAAGGAUAAGUUCGGCGACCCCGACGAUUUCCGCAAGAAAGGCGCCCUGAAGCAGACGGGGGAGGCGCUGCGCCGCGGGAUGACGCUCGUCCUCUCCCUGUGGGACGACUACCAGUGCCAGAUGCUUUGGCUCGACUCGGACGCGGGCGAGGGCGGCCACUCCACGCCGGGCGUCGCGCGCGGCCCGUGCGACAAGACCACGGGCGUGCCGGCGGACGUGCGCGCCAAGUACCCGGACGCGUCGGUGACCUACUCCAACAUCAUGUACGGGGAGAUCGGGUCCACGUACACUGCCGGCGAGGGCGCAAAGCCGGACCAGGCCGUGGCGACGGGGUUCCCCAAGGCCGCGGCUGCGGGCGUCACCGCGGUGAGCGGGGGCGCCGCGGCCCUGCCGCAGCAGCAGCAGCAGCAGCAGCAGCAGCAGCAGCAGCAGCAGCAGCAGCAGCAGCAGGCACUGCAGCAGCCGCAGCAGCCGCAGCCGUCGCUGCCGCAGCAGCCGCAGGCCGCCCAGGCGGCGGCGGCGGCGGGCGCGGGCGCCUCCGCCGCGGGCUGCGCGGACGUGUUCCAGCAGUGCGGGGGCGACGGCUGGGCCGGCGCGUCGUGCUGCCAGGCCGGCUGCACCUGCACAGCGCAGGGGGGCCCCUCGUACAGCCAGUGCCUGCCGCCCGCGGGCGCCUACCUGUGCUCUGGCACUAUCGGCCUCGUGCAGAGGAGCUCUCUGCGCGAGGCGCCCGCGCAGCGGGCCGGCGAAGGAGGCCCCGCGGCGCGUUGGGCGGCCCCGCUGGCCGUGGCGCUGCGGGCCGCGGCGCCCGCGCUGCUGCUGGCGGCCGCGGCGGCGGCGGCGUGGGCGCGAGCGCGCCGGGCCCGGUCUUCCGCGCAGCUGCGCAGCGAGGAGGCAAACCUGAUGGCAUCUUCCGAGUGA